GAGACUUACGAUUGGGCGCACUCAAGUUGAAAUCCGGGCAGCGUCGCCGUUCUGUAAGAGAGUCGCCUCCGAAACUGGACUUCAAUUAAUGCCAUUAAUGCAAAUUCAGCUCUGACAUCAAAAAGUCUCGCGACGAUGGCACGAAGUCUAAUGAAAGUAGCUGCUCUGUUUGCCUUUGCGGCCCCGGGUUCUGCCGCCUCCGCGUUCGACGCAAACGUUAUGGUGGACCGAAUCCUGACGGAGAUGGGUCAUGAGGCCUCACGUCUAGGGCUCGACCCGAUCACAGCACCCAAAUUCAAGCUCCACGCCAAGGGCUCCGGCACGGAGGGAGAAAUCUCGACUAGUUUUCCCGAAGCAAUAUUCACUGGUCUCGGCAGUAUCUCCAGGGCUGAACGCUGCAGUCACCUUGUUCGGGGAUCUAAGUUGAAAAUGAAGUGCUACGUUUCCCUGUCCGAGAUUAAGUUCGCGAUGAAUGCCUUAUUAGCGGUGGAUGGAUAUCCCGCGAAGGCUUUCAUUUCCACGGAAUCCAGUGUUGGAUCCAAUGUCCUCGCUCUCAUUGCAAUCGAACGAACAAACGGGCGCGUGAGAGUCAACGUGAUCACCCCUCCCACCUUCGCGCUAACAACAAGAGUCGUGAAAGGAGGAUCGUCCCUCGUCAAUCAGAGAUACUACUCUAACUUCGAGAGAGCACUCCACGAUGAAAUCUCGAAGCAAUUAGCGACAACACUGAACGGACAUUACCGCCGUGCCGUAGAAGGCAUCGUCAACCGCGUCGUCGAUCUCUAGGAGUACCGAGGAGACUCAGUGCGCCAUUUACAUCUCAUCUCAGUCAGUCUUCAUAUGCCAUGGAUGAGGCUGGGAAUCAUUCACGGCGUUCUUCUCGAAAAUUCCGGGCAAUUUUCACCCCUCAUUGUAUUCCUGGAGGGUCGCCCGAAAAUACCGUGAAAAUUCACGGCUUUUGGCGCGAUCGCACUAACUUCUCAGCCCUAGCCAUGGAAUAAAGACAAAUUCACGCCGAAUGGCAUCGACGA